AUGUCGGUGACUGAUAUGGUGAAGCUUUACGAGCGAUUGCUCGAGGACAUUGGCAGUCUAUUCCGGGAUAGACUGUUCACAGAUGUUGACAUCAUCCUUCCCGAUGAGGAACACAUUCGAGCACACAAAUGUAUCCUUGCCGCUCGCUCACCACUGUUUAGAGAAUAUUUUGAACCAAAAAGUCCUGGUAAAACUACGGAUGAUGUAACGGAUGCAUCAAAUGAUGAAGUUACGAAUGAGGCUACGAACGAAGUUCCGAAUAGCAAUACUGCCGUAGACAGUCCAUCCGUAAUUUCCGUCGAUUCAAUAUCACUAGACUCAAUUGAGGAUGUUGUCGAUAUGGAGAAUAUUUCAACAGAUACUGAACAAUGUAACGUCCAAAUUGUUCGCCUCACAACCCUCAUCAACUUCACCUCUGACUAUGCCUAUGUAACUCCUCAGGCUCUCUCAAAGGCCUUCAAACCGAUCAUUUAUUAUUUCUACAAAGGCACUCUUACAUGGAAUGCUAUUAUUGCGUCACCGUCUAAUUUUUGUGCGUUUGUCUACCUUGCGUACUUCUUGAAGCUCACCGCCCUCACGGAUUUAGCAACAAACAAGAUAAAAUCAAUCCUUUCGCCAAGUAAUAUAGUACCUUUUCUCAACCAUUUUUGCUCAUUUCGCAAGACAUCGAAAUGGCCAUGGUAUGAUAAUCUAGCUCAAACGUGCUUCGAGUACUUACAUUCGCAAGAUGGACUAAGUGAGAAGAAUUUUCAUGUAUUCAAAAUGGAAACGAUGUCAUUGGAGACAGUGGAAUAUUGCCUAAGAUCAGAAGUAGGAAUAAAUGGUAAUCUACCGGUGAAAAGACAUCGAAUUGCGGGUCAGACUACUGCUGAAGCAAAAGUGGUGAAAUUCUUAGGAAAGUGGAUUUCUACCCAAAGAGAUAAUAUUGAGUUCGGAAAUAUGUUCGACUGGAUUGAUUUGUCUUACUGUGGACCAAGGGCUUUAAUCGAGGAGGUCAAGCCAAUGGGUUUAUUCUCGCCACAGAAGAUAUACGACGCAAUGGAAGCAAUACUUACAGAUCAAAUCAGUGAAGAUGAACAGUCACAGCAGGGCUCAUCAAAACAAACGGAUCCUGAGGAAUUAUACGUAAAGCAGGACAUGAUAGGCAAGGGAUCUUUUGGUGCAGUGUAUAAAGGGUUCGAUAAGAGCUCGAAAAUGCCUGUAGCCAUUAAGAUUAUUGAUCUUGAAGCGGCAGAAGAUGAAAUAGAAGAUAUUCAACAGGAGAUUGCUAUACUAUCCCAAUUGGACUCACCAUAUUUCACAAGAUACUAUGGAGCCUAUCUCAAAGAUACUCAUCUAUGGAUUGUCAUGGAAUAUUGUUCCGGUGGUUCUUGUUCCGAUUUGGUGAAGCCUGGCGCCUUUAAAGAAGAAUAUAUAGCCAUCAUAUUAAGAGAAUUGCUCAAAGGACUUGAGCAUCUUCAUAAUGAAAAUAAACUACACAGAGACAUUAAAGCGGCGAAUAUUCUCCUAUGUGCAACAGGCGAAGUGAAACUGGCCGACUUCGGGGUAUCAGGACAAAUCACUGCGACGAUGAACAAGAAGAAUACGUUCGUUGGCACGCCUUUCUGGAUGGCCCCGGAAGUCAUCAAGCAAUCCGGAUAUGAUUUCAAGGCUGAUAUCUGGUCACUGGGUAUAACUGCCAUUGAAUUAGCCAAAGGAGAACCGCCACAUGCCGAUUUGCAUCCAAUGAAAGUACUCUUCCUAAUCCCUAAGAAUCCUCCUCCCACUUUGGAUGGAAACUUCUCUAAACCAUUUCGAGAAUUCGUUUCAGCUUGUUUACAAAAAGAUCCUAAUCUUAGACCAACUGCGAAAGAUCUGUUGAAAUACAAAUUCAUUAAAGGUGCAAAGAAGACGUCCUAUCUCACAGAGCUAAUUGAGAGGCACGAAAAAUGGGUAGCUGAUGGUUAUGAUAAACAGGAUUACGAGGAGGAAAACUCUAAUGAAAACGGAAAACCAGAGGAAUGUGACUAUGGACCUUGGGACUUCCGUACUAUGAAAAAACAAGUUUCCUCUCCAACAUCUAGUGACGAUGAAACUGAGUACUUCGAGGAUGGCACUAUCGGUCCUGCAGCUGGGAAACAAAGACUUGGAGUUAAUUCGACUUCAUUGUCAUCUAAUGCCUAUGAACAGUCACCGAGUACAAUUGGUGCAAAAUGUGGUACAAUCAAACAGAUGGGCUUUUCCGAAGAAGUUGAUGAUUAUGAUUAUUACUCUGACGAUGCUUCUCGGACUAUAACAGGUCCUGAAGUGUUUGAAAAGGUUAUGCUGCCAUCUAUUGAGAAGCUUCGUCGUCUUGCACCAUCCGCACGAGCACGAUAUACGAUCGAUAAUUUAGCAAAAGCAUUGGGGGAUGCUGAAAUAGAAAAUCCAGGGAUAUCAGAAAAGUUUAUUCAUACUGUUCUACAGACGUAUGAUGAACUGAUAGCAGCUGAGAAUAAAUAA